GGGAGGAUGGAGUCACGUGAAAGACAAUGAGGUAGACUGUACCAGGUAUAUGGAAGAGACUGAGAAGUGGGGGCAUCUAAAAAGAGCUGGAUUCUCCCAGUGUCACCAACAGAGAACUGCAAGUGGGGGCGGGUUGCACUUGCUGAGUCUGGAGCCUGCGACAGGCUAAGAAGUGCGGGGCGGAGCGAGAGCAGGAAGGAAGAGGAAGGAGGGAAGAAAAGAAAGAUCGCGAAGAAAGUCAUCGGGACAAGGAUUCAGAGCUCUCAACGGCAAUAGAAGAAAGAGAAAAGCGUCAUGGCCUCAGUGUCCACUCACGGGAACCAGGAGAAAAGUCCCCACUUGCCACCACUGAGCAAGCAGAGCCUGUUGUUUUGCCCCAAAUCAAAACUGCACAUCCACAGAGGAGAGAUUGCCAAGAUUAUCCGAGAGUGUCAAGAGGAGAGUUUCUGGAAGAGAGCCCUGCCUUUUUCUCUUAUAAGUAUGCUUGUCACCCAGGGACUCGUCCACCAAGGUUACUUAGCUGCUAAUCCAAGAUUUGGAUCAUUGCCUAAAGUUGCAUUGGCUGGUCUCUUGGGAUUUGGCCUUGGGAAGGCUUCCUAUAUAAGAGUGUGCCAGAGUAAAUUCCAUUCCUUUGAAGAUCAGCUCCGUGGUGCCGGCUUUGGUCCUGAGCAUAACAGGCACUGCCUGCUCACCUGUGAGGAUUGUAAAACCAGGCGUGGAUUAAGCGAGAAUGCAGGGUCCCAGCCUUCUGCUUCCUAAACCGAGGUUGUGGUUUGCAAUCAUUUUUAAACCUCUGACUUUGUACACGUUUAAAAUUUCAAGUGUACCUUAAAAUAAUAUACUUCUAUUAAAACAGAAACCUUGUAAUCCUCUCACCCCUUUGAAAUGCUUGCUUGGGAGGCUCUCGAUUGAUGUGAGCGUGGCAUGUUCUUCUCUUCUUUAAGAACACAUUGGGAGCUAUCACACACUACACAGGAAAGAAGUUACACCCCACCUUGCUUAGAACUUCCUGAGAGAUUGUUGAAUAGCUUCUGGGUCGUCACUUCCCAGUUCACUCACUCUGGGAUUUAAUUUUUAUUUUCAGUGUUUUUAGUUUUCUGGUAGAGAACAGGAGUGAAUGGUGUGGAAGUUGUUGGGGAGUCAAGACCCACAGAAAACUCAUGUAUAUGGAACUAGAAAUUCAAGAAAGGUUGUGUUUUAGUAUUAGAAGUCCAGUCUGAGGUCUAGAGCUGAGAUCUGGAACUCAGUGGAAAACAUUUCCUGUGAAAUGGUCACCAUUCAAACCUGUGUGAUCAACAAUGUGAUCAACGUGACUUGAUGGCUCAUCACAAUGGUGGAGCUGUAAAAGUGACCAUCAUCUAUCCGUAGGUGACCUGCUUGGCUCAUGGGUCCAUUCUCAUGGUCAGUGCUCAAUGGUGGGUUCUUUUACCCUUUAUUAGUGGUCUCAGAUAAAAAAACAAAGACAACUCUUAACCUGCUCCCCCAGGGAACAGCUUCCUGGAAGGACCACUGGUGGAUGGAAUUAAUUAUAAAAAGGAGAAGCUCUGGGAACUUUUGGGAGCUCAGAGGCAGCCAACACAAUGAUGUAAGUUGGACUCCUUCUCCAGCCAGGUCUGUUCAUGGGAAGUUUGGUCCUUCUUUUUGGAACCUUUUGCUUAAAGGCAAGUUAGCUGAGUACUGUGUGAAAGUUGUCUUUGCACCUUUGCAGCUUCUCAGGAAAAUGCUUUGUCUACACAUCACCACUUAAAUAUGGUGUGUGUGUGUGUGUGUGUGUGUGUGUGUAUUCAGCACAUCUGCAAGCCUAAAUCGUGGAGGUAAAAAGGGAAAUUUCAUAAGAGGUUCAUGUUUGAUGUGAAAUAUUUAAUUUUAAACAUCAAAAAUAUUUUUGUGUGAACAUUGAAUGGAUUUGUCUGCAUUGAUUUUUAUAUGACAUACCCUGUUGACAGUCAAUAAAAUUCUAUUUCUGAAAAUCAA